CACUCUUCCUCUUCCUGCGUUGUGGCAACACGAGAUUCUUGUUUCCGAUUCCAAAUAUCGGAAAUUAUCAUCACAUAUAGCCGCUAGAUCCUUCAGCGAUGCAUCCUGAUCUCACGGAGCGAAUUCUCCAGCACCUGGAGACUGCCGACCAGGUGGACACUCUGGACCUGGCCGCAAAAUUCGCCGUGGACCACCAGAAGAUCGUCGGCGCCUUGAAGAGCAUCCAAGCUCACGGAGAACUGGUCAACGCUGAGGUGGCUACCCACAAGAGCCUCGGCCUUACCGAUGAAGGGCGAUCUGUAGUGGAGCAUGGCAGUCACGAAGCGCUGGUUUACGCUGCCGUUCCGGAGGAGGGCAUUGCCCAGGCCGCUUUGAUGACAGCUGGAGGUCCUAACGCCAAGGUGGGCUUCAGCAAGGCCAUGUCCCAGGGAUGGAUUCUCGUGGACAAGACUGUUACUCCACCUCUCGUGCGCCGCAAGGUGGAAAAGAUAACGGAUUCGGUUAAGGAGCAACUAAAGCAGGUGGCGGCCGGCAAGGGCGAUGCUUUGCCCUCAAAGGAUGUUACUGAUUUCAAAAAGCGCAAGCUUCUUCAGGAGACCACCACCAAAAGCUUUGUACUCAGCCGUGGUCCGGAAUUCGCGACUACCUUGACCAAACUGGAGACGGAUCUUACGGUGGAAAUGCUUUCCAGCGGAUUGUGGGAACAACUCAAGUUCAAGUCAUAUAACUUUGAUGCCUUAGGUGCCCCACCAUCGCGCGGUCACCUGCAUCCGUUGCUGAAAGUACGCACUGAGUUCCGGCAGAUAUUCCUCGAGAUGGGCUUCUCCGAAAUGCCCACCAACAAUUACGUGGAAUCGUCUUUCUGGAACUUUGACGCCUUGUUCCAGCCGCAACAGCAUCCGGCACGUGAUGCUCACGACACUUUCUUCGUGAAUCAUCCCGCAAAAAGCCAUAAGUUCCCGCAGGAAUAUCUGGAGCGUGUGAAGAAGGUCCAUUCGGUGGGUGGCUACGGAUCGAAGGGAUACGGCUACGACUGGAAAGUGGAGGAGGCCCAGAAGAAUCUACUGCGCACCCACACUACGGCCGUGUCGGCAAGGAUGCUGUAUAAACUUGCAAACCAGGAGGGUGGCUUCAAGCCCGCCAAGUACUUCAGCAUAGACAAAGUGUUCCGCAACGAAACACUGGACGCCACCCAUCUGGCAGAGUUCCACCAGGUUGAGGGAGUUAUUGCCGAUGUGGGCCUGACCUUGGGCGAUUUGAUCGGUACUCUCUAUGAAUUCUUCCGCAAGCUGGGCAUUACGCAGCUUGAGUUCAAGCCGGCCUACAAUCCCUACACAGAGCCUAGCAUGGAAAUCUUCUGCUACCAUCCUGGACUUGGAAAAUGGAUUGAGGUUGGAAACUCUGGAGUAUUCCGCCCGGAAAUGCUACUGCCCAUGGGACUGCCGGAGAACGUUAAUGUGAUCGCUUGGGGCUUGUCACUGGAGCGUCCCACCAUGAUUAAGUACGGGAUCAACAACAUCCGCGAUCUGGUAGGUCCUAAGGUGGAUCUGAAAAUGGUAGAGGAGGGCCCGAUAUGCCGGCUUGAUCAUGUUUAGAACCUUCGACGAAAAUAUAUAUUUUUUUUUAUACGAUUGUUCCAACCCAAAAAUAUUUAUAAAUAAAAAAAGAAAA